AUGUUUGGUUUUGACGAAAGCCGUGAUGCCCAUGAGCAGGUCUAUGGCAGUGGUGGCUACGACAACCAAGCCAAAUUCUCCCACGAACUCGUGGCUGGCGGAGCUGCUUUCGAGGGCAUGAAGCUAUUCGAGGACCACCAACGCAAGGAGGGCAAGCCCGUUUCCCAUAAGUUUGCCAAAGAACUCCUGGCCGGUUUCGUCGGAGGUGAAGUUGACAAAUUGGCCGAGACCAAAGGAAUGAAUGAAUACGACUCUUUCGAGGCGAAGAGAAAGGCAAAACAGAGCGCAGAGAAUAUGUAUGACCAGCAUUAUCAAGGGAUGGAUCAGUACGACCCCAACCAACGCGACCAGCCGAACUUCAACUAUUGA